AUGGCCUCUUUAGGUGCAUGUCAUGCCUCUCUGCAGUCUCCGCAGGUGAAGGGAGGCUCCUGCCUCUUGGCAGCCUCUGCAGGCCCAGCUCCUGCCUCCCAGUGGCCUCUGCAGGCCCAACUCAUUCCUCACAGCGGCCUUCCAGGCCCAGUUCUUGGAAGCCUUUUGGCGGCCCAUCCAGGCUCAGCUCAUGCCUCUCGUGGCCUCUCCAGGCACAGGUGCUGCCUCUUGUCUUCCUCUCCCGGCCCAGCUCUUCCUCCCAGCUGCACCUAUAGGCCCACUUCCUGCCUCGCCUCACAACAACCUCUGUGGACUCAGUCAGCUCCCACCCAGUUCGUGGUGGAAUUUGUAGGCCUGAAAAGCCCAGCGCCUGCCCUCCCAGAGGCCUCUCUGGGUGCAAAACUUUCUGACGUGGGCCCCCAGAGGCCUCUCUGGGUGCAAAACUUUCUGACGUGGGCCCCUCCAGGGCCAGCUCCUGCCUCGCAGUGGCCUCCUUCAGCCCAGCUCUUGCCUCCCAUCCGGCCUCUCCAGGCUCGGCCUCUGCCUCCCUCAUGACAGCUUCCCAGGCCCAGCUCUGCUUCCUCGCUGGGUCUACAGACUCAACUCCUGCU